AUUCUCAAACUGAAGGAAAUGAUUCACCUGACUGUCUUCAGUUGGACACUAUUGCAUCUAUUUGGUAUGUUUGAUGCUGUAACAGUGAAGCCAGUGAUGGUUGGAGAAUCAGUCACUCUAGAAAUACAGAGAGACGGGGACAUCGAGUGGAAGUUUGGAUAUCAGAAGACUCUCAUAGCUCAGAUCGGCAACAAUAAAAUCACAUUGCAUGAAGAAGUUCUCGAUGGGAGUUUCAAAGGCAGACUGAAGCUGGAUCAGACUGGAUCUCUGACCAUUAACAACAUCAGAACAACAGACUCUGGAGAUUAUAACGUAAUCGACACCAACACAGAAAUGCCACUCAACACAUUCAAGCUGACUGUCUAUGCUCCUCUUCCAAUUCCUGUCAUUUCCAGUUACAAUAUCUGCCCAACUACUUCUUCAGAGUCCAGAUGUGUGUUGCUGUGUUCAGUGAAUGUGAGUGCUGUGAGUCUCUCCUGGUACAAAGGAAACAGUUUAUUGUUCAACAUCAGUGUGUCUGAUCUCAGCAUCAGUCUCUCUCUACCUCUGGAAGUGGAAAAUCAGGAUAAACACACCUACAGCUGUGUGGUCAACAACCCCAUCAGAAACCACACCACACAUCUGGACAUCAACACACUCUGUAGCACAGGCUCAGAUGGCCUCUUUCAAAAAGCUGUGAUCCUAUUGGCUCUCUCUGCUGUUGUGGGCGUGGCCAUGGUGGCUGUACUGGUUUUUGAGUUCAGAUCCAGAAGUCGUAGAAAGAAGAAGAGUGUGCGAGAAGAAGCAGAAAACAUCACCUAUUCAACUAUAGAUGUUCUUGAACGAUCCCAGCCAUAG